AAUUAAGGGGAAAAGAGAAAAAAAAAAAAAAUAGAAAAAAGAAAACGUAAAAAAAAAUUCAUAAAAUAAAUAAAUAAAUAAAUAAUUAUUUAAUAUUCUUUCGUUACAUAAUUUUCAUAAUAUAUAUUGUCAUACGAGUGUUAUGCCAAAAUUGUCUAAGAAUUCGAUCACGUUGGGAGCAAGAAAAUUAUACAAACGUUGGAAUAAUAUAACAAGUGCCAAAAUGAGUCUUCCUGCUGGUAAAAGUAGUAAGGAAGGCACCAGUAAAGAAAUAUGCAGUUUAGACAUUUCCAAGGAGACCAAAAGUUGUUUGGACAAAAUUUUGGGAGAUGUUGGGAAAAAGUCUGCUACUAAACAGAUUAUAAUUGGUACAACGUCUGGAUGGAUGACAGGUUUUCUAACUAUGAAAGUUGGAAAAGUAGCAGCUUUGGCUGUUGGCGGUGGUAUUAUUGUCUUACAGAUAGCUGCGCAUCAAGGAUAUAUAAAAGUCAAUUGGGAUAAAAUUCAAAGCAAAGCUGAGAAGUUAACGGACAAAGUAGAAGAGAAAAUGACUGGGGAGGGUCCUAGAUUCAUAGAUAAGGUAGGAACAUGGUGGAGGACAAACUCGUAUGUGGCAACAAGUUUCCUUGGUGGCUUCAUUAUUGGCCUUGCAUCAUGAAUCAAUAAACAACAUCAAAAUUUUCUAUGAAGAUACAAAUCUUGUAUAUUCUAAUUUCUAUUAGCAAUGCUGUGAUUCGAAGGCAUUUUUUUUCUUUUCUUUUCUUUUCUUUUUUUUUUUUCAUUUAAAUAUCAUUUUUAUAAUAAAACUUAUGAAGGUACUUCAGUAUAGUUCCAGAAAGAAAAAAGAAAAUUGAAUCUUGAGAGAAAGACGAACAAAUAUUAUUUUUUUUAAUUUUCAUAUUUCACUUCUUUUUUUUUUUUCUUUUAUAUAUAUCUUAUGUCUCGAAGAAUAUUUGAAAGUGGACUUCUGCAAUUUUUAUAAAAAUAAGAUUACUAUGUUAUAAUAAUUUUUAAUCCUUGUUAACAAUGAGUAUAUAUAUAACUUUGAGUGAUUCGCUUAAAUAAAUAGAAGUCUCGGAAAAAUAAAAAAGAUCACAUUGAUAAAUAACUGUUGCAGUUAAAAAAAGAAAAAAUAAAAAAAAGAAAAUUAACUUAUUAUAAUAAUAUUUCACUAUCUCAAUAAAAGGUGUAAUACAAUGA